AUGUCAGGGAGUAUAUUCAGAGCACGUCAGAGUCAAUCACCGACAGUAAGUGCUGAUUCUACAACAAAACCACAACUGGCACUAGACAACACGCUAACGGACAUCACCAGAAAGUCAGGCUGUUAUGAAUUGACUAAAAAUAAACAUUACUGUGUAUCUCGAUUUCCUGCCCUUCCCAAAGUCUUCAAGCAACUCAAAUCAUCCGAUCAACUGUUUUCCAAUGCAUAUUCUGAUCAUGAAUCAAAUUAUUCACUUGUCAUAAAUGAAGACUCUAUUUAUGUCUGGAGUUACAAAUCACUUGAUUCAUCACCAUUAUCCAUCGAAUUCCCAAUUGAAAAACCUCAAUUCGAGUUACCAUUGGCAAUCUUGACCAAACCAUCAAGUGGAACAGGACAAGAUCCUGGUUUGGUCAUCAUUGAUUCUCUUUCUGGGUUGAUUAAGUUUUAUGAAAGUGUUCAACAUGCACCUACAUUAGGUUUAAUUAAUGAUAGAUCUUUAGAGAUGAAUAUUCCUAUAAAUACAUCCAAGGGAGAAUAUAUUACUCUUGCUGAAAAUGUCGAACCUGCAGGUAUUGCCGUUGCUACUUCUUGGAAGAGAUGUAUUUUAAUUCAAUUGAGGGAUUAUAAGAGUAAACCUCAAUUAUCCACUAUGGAAUUAUUAUCAGCUCCAAGUUCAUUCCUGUUUUUAUCUAAAAUAUUUAGAUCUCCAAGUGAAGAUUCAAAUGAGAUUAAUUUAUUCUUAUUAACAAUUAAAAUUGAUCCAUCAGGAGUCUUGCUUUAUGGAUGUCAUAAAUUGACGAGAUUCGAUCCUGGAUCUAAAUUAUCCUCAAGUCCAAAAUUAUAUUUACCACAACCAGGUAAGACCGCCUUUGUAAUUAUUGACAAUUCAAUAAUCAUCACCGAUUUGAAUACUUCCUAUAUUGAAUCCAGAACUACAUUUGUGUCAUAUUAUAAACCAAGAUGGGAAGAUAUGAUAAGAUUGAAAUCAAGUGUAGAAAUAAUUGGAAGCGGAUAUGAAAAUCAAUCAUCAAAUUCGAAUCCAGCAAUUGUAUUAUUAACCAAAAACUACGGAAUAUUGAGAUUGGAAAAAUUCCCUCAAGAAUCAUACGAUGAAGAUUCUAUGGAAACUAAUGAAACCGAUAUUUCUGAUCCAUUAUUGAUUGUUAAGUCUCAUAUUGAACAAGGGAUCUUUUAUUCUCAUUCUCAAGAGAUUGAAUUUGAUUUAUCGCAAAAAUUCGAUGAAUCGUUGAUUUUAUCAGCUAUUGACUUGAUAAUUAAUGAAUUAAUGACUUCAACUUCGGCAUAUAUGCCCAAGGUCCUCCCAACUAUUGGUGAUUUAACAAGAGGUAAAGUUAAUUUAUUUCAAGAAUUAAUUGAAUAUUGCAAUAGAAAUUUCCCACUGCUUACAUUGAAAAUCAUUCCUAAAUUAGUCGAGAAUUUGGAAAAGGCAAAUACAGCUUUGAAUUUAUGGAUAACUAUAGAUGCCGAUGAGAAUAGAAUUAAAUUGAAACAGAUCUUGGAAACAGUUAUCAAAAACUCAAAUAUUAAGAUUAAAGGUGGUGACGAAAAUAUCUUACGGGAAUUUUUCUCAAGACGAAUUGAUGCCAUCAAUGAAAUCCUUUCUUGA